UUGAAUUUGAGAAAGCACUCCUCCUAUCUCAUCUACAACGCCACUCUCUACUUCAGCUCUGCCGUUCAAAAGCAGUACUUGGAGAAGUACGGCUUAGGCCAGAUUAUACCUGUUGCAGCAAAUGAUGUUGCUUUCUCUAUUCAUGCUGUUUUACUGACAGCAAUUACCCUGUACCAAAUUGCAAUCUAUGAACGUGGAAAUCAGAAGGUCUCCAAGAUUUCCAUUGGAAUUGUUGCUGCCGUGUGGUUAGGUGCUGCAGUUUGUGUUUUCUUAGCUUUGCCAAGUCAUUCUUGGCUUUGGUUGAUUUCCAUUUUCAACUCGAUUCAAGUUUUUAUGACAGUCAUCGAAUAUAUUCCCCAGGCGGUCAUGAACUUUCUGCGAAAGAGCACAGAUGGAUUCAGUAUUGGCAACAUUUUACUUGAUUUUUCCGGAGGGGUGGCAAAUUAUGCACAAGUGGCUGUGCAAUCUAUACGUUCUUGGGUGAACUUCUAUGGACAUAUAGGGAAGACACUGCUGUCCUUGAUAUCUAUCUUCUUUGACCUUCUAUUCAUGGAUCAACAUUACGUGCUGUAUUGUGGCAAGAGAACAGUGAUCACCCCUAAAAUCAUCAGCAAGGAGAGCUCGGAGCCACUCGUCAAGUCAUCUGAUGACCCAGUUUCGGAAAAUGUAUAAAGCUUUUGGCUUGGCUCUCAAGAUGUAUGAUAGAUAUUAGCUUACAUCGUCGGUGUGAGAAUUAGCAAACUUUUUGUGUUUCUGCAGGUUAUUUUACAUAAAAGCAUGUUGUAUCACGUUGUGUACAGGGAAGAAGAAGAAAACAUUUAUUUGGAGCAUUAAAAGUAGGCAGCAGUGUAUGAAGAACAUUGAGUAAUUAAAGUAUAUGUUUGCAUACCACUUUUA